AUGUCGCCAUAUUUUCAAAAUAUGUUGGAUGGUGUUGCUGGUAUUGGACCUGGUUACAAGGGGCCUUCUUAUGAUAAGUUAAGGGUUCAUUUGUUGGCUGAUCUUAAAAGAGAAAGUCAAAUGUUAGUUGAUAGUUAUAGGAGUGCAUGGAAGGAAACUGGAUGUACCCUCAUGGUUGAUGGUUGGACAGAUCAAAGACAAAGAACGUUAAUUAAUUUCUUGGUGUAUUGUUCUAAAGGUUUGUGCUUCGUGAAAUCAGUAGAUGCUUCCAGUAUGGUAAAAAAUGCUUCACACUUGUGUAAUUUGUUUUCUGAUGUGAUUGAAUGGAUUGGCCCUAAUGAUAUUGUGCAUGUUGUGACUGACAAUGCGGCCAAUUAUGUUGCUGCUGGUAGGCUUAUCAAUAGAAAAUAUGAUAAUAUCUAUUGGUCACCAUGUGAUGCUCAUUGCCUUAAUCUUAUUUUAAAAGAUAUAAGUAGCAUGGCGCAUAUUUCUAACCUUACAACACGUGCUUCAAAUAUCACAGUAUUUGUGUACAAUCAUACGGUUUUCCUAUCUUGGCUAAGACAAAAACCUCAUUGGAGAGAAAUUGUACGUCCUGGUGCAACCCGUUUUGCAACUGUGUUUAUCACAUUGAAGAGCAUCUUUGACCAUAAAAAGGAGUUGCAAGCAUUGGUUGUAGAUUCAAUUUUCACUGAUCACAAAUUAGGAAGGAGUGCUACUGGUAGAUCUGUGAGUGCUAUUAUUAUGGAUUACAAAUUUUGGGACGAUUGCUUUACUGUAUGUAAACUUGUGGGCCCUCUGAUUUACUUGCUGAGGAUUGUUGAUGCUGAUGACAAACCAUCUUUGGGGUAUGUUUAUGAAGGAAUGCUAAGAGCAGAAGAUGCAAUUAAGAAGAUGUUUAGGCAAUCCAAGACUGCAUAUCAGCCGUACACAGAUAUUAUCAACUCAAGAUGGGACAAGCAUUUGAAGAAAGAUCUUCAUGCGGUAGCUUACUUCCUGAAUCCUAAAUUCUUUUUUAAUGAAAAUUAUAAAGAAGCACCUGAUGUUAUGCGAGGUUUGCUUGAUCUUGUUACCUUGUAUUGCAAGUGUAACAAUUUGGAUUCAGUUCAGGCAAUGAAAGAAAUACAUUUAUAUAGAGAUCGAAAGAAAAGUUUUGAUAGACAAGAAGCUAUUCGAGCUGCAUCUGAACUUAAGCAUGAUGAAUGGUGGAGGUUAUUCGGAGGCUCUGCUCCAUGUUUACAAAAGAUAGUUGUUUGCAUUCUUAGCCAAGCAUCUGCUUCUUCUGGGUGUGAGAGAAAUUGGAGUCUUUUUGACCAGAUUCAUACAAAAAGAAGAAAUAGAUUGGAUAGACUGAAUGGCAUUGUUUAUGUUACCUAUAAUUUGCGUCUUAAAUCCAGAAAGCAAAAGACACAAUAUGAUCCAAUUGAUUAUGAAAGCAUAAGUCAAGUUGACUUUUGGGUGACUGAAGAGGUUGUAGAGAAAGAACCUGAUCUUCCUAGUAAUGUGGAUGACUUAUUGCGUGAAAUUGAUGCUGAUUUAUAUCAAAGUGGCGGUGGUAGUAGUGGUCUUUAUGCUGCAUCUCUUGCUUCUUCUGCUCAACAAGUUCUUGCGGAUUUUGAUGAUUGA